AUGGCGUCGUUGUCACUGCCACCCCGAGCUCCAAAGGUGGACCUUUCUAAGAAACUUUCUGACUUACGGUCAAGCAAUGGUCGAUCCCGGACCGCUUCAUCUCGCGAUUCAACCCCAACAACCCCUCCUUUGCCUUCGCCGCCCGAACUCUCCGCCCACCAGUACACCCGGCCCGUUCGCCGUAUUCUCUCACCUAAAGACCAUGAGCUCUUUCUUGCCUCCCCUACCUACAACCUAGUUCUUGCAUUUGUUCUUGGUCUUUCCGAUUCUGUCAGAGGCCGCCCAAUCCCCCAGACCAGUCCCAACUCCGAUGCCAUCUCCAAGAUCCUCAGUAUCGUGGGGCAACUUCGGUCCCUUGUGGAGAAACACCCAGCUUUGGACCAGGGUGGUUCGCGAUUUGGAAAUCCUGCAUUCCGUACCCUCUUUGACGACGUUGCCACUCAGAGCUCGACAUGGCACACCGACAUCCUUGGAUUGACAGAUACCGCCGCGAUCGAUGAGGCAUCCACAUACCUGAUUCACUCGCUAGGAUCUCGGGACCGCAUUGACUACGGAUCCGGCCACGAGCUGAAUUUCAUGAUGUGGCUACUGAGUCUUUACCAGCUCGGUCUGCUACCUAAGACAGAUUUCCCAGCUGUGGUCUUCAAGGUCUACCUCGAGUAUAUGCAUCUCAUGCGGGAUAUUCAAUCUACAUACUACCUGGAACCGGCUGGAUCCCAUGGUGUCUGGGGUCUAGAUGACUACCAUUUCCUACCGUUCUUGUUCGGUGCCAGCCAGCUGGUGGAUCACCCGUAUAUCACACCCCUGGGGAUCCACAAUACCGCACUGCUGGAUGAAGAAGGGGACAAGUACCUAUAUCUGGACCAAGUGCGGUGGGUGGAUAGUGUCAAGACGGUGAAGGGAUUGCGCUGGCACAGUCCCAUGCUGGAUGAUAUAUCGGGUGCGAAGAACUGGUUUAAGGUGGAAAGUGGAAUGAAGAAGAUGUUUGUCAAGGAGGUCUUGGGGAAGCUGCCCAUCAUGCAACACUUCAUGUUUGGAAGUCUCCUACCUGCUGUGGAAGGUAUGGGCGAGCUCUCUGAGGGUGACGAGCAUGACCAUGACCAUGCUGGACAUGACCAUCCUCCUGGACAGGUGCAUACAGAUUACUUUGGUGACUGCUGUGGUAUCAAGGUCCCUAGCACGAUCGCUGCAGGUGCGGAAAUGCGAAAGCGGAUGGGCGGGUCCGGAUUGCGCCCAAUUCCCUUUGACUAG